CAUGACGUAGCCUAGUAGUCGCUAGGAGAAGCAUAUAACAUGGCUGCUCCGCACUACCUUCCCGUACAUCAGCAACUUCAAACGCAUCAACAAUUUCAAGUUAUCACGGCUAUUCCUGUCAGCAUCUUUAACUUCAACAAACCAAUCAUAAAUAUGUCCGCUUCCGCCGACGACCAGUACGAGCAGCAGAACGACUUCACCAACGACGCCCCGGCCGGUGACUCCAAGGACAACGACUACGUCAGCCGGACUGGGCAGUAUCAAGUACCCGUUCAGAAGGAUGAGGUUCCGGUAGCGGAUCUCUAUGAUCCUGUCACCGCCGACUCCGAUCAGCAACUUGCUCAGGAUGAGAACGAUGCCAUCGACAGGAGCAACAUCGUCGAGGGUCGCACUCGAGGAGCAACCAAGAAAGCCGGCACUUAUGCUGAGCCCGGUGACGAGGAAGGUCUACCAGGUGCUGAUGAUGGCACGUCUGCUAUACGCAAGUAAGCAAAGGACGACGGCAGUGGAAUGGAGUGUUGAAUGGUAUGAUGAUUUAGCUGCAUAUCUUGAUUCAGCGCUUUCUGUCCAUGUGGCAUCUGGCGUCCGGU